AAAGCGCUGUUUGUGAGCUCAAACUCAAUUUUUGCAUUUAUUUAGCUCCGUCCUCGUAACACUGACUUGCACGCUCAUGCUGGUGCAAAACAUUCCCGAGAAAUAUUUACUCUUCCUAAUGAGUUUUAAAGAUAGUGCCGGUUCUUUGACGUUAGAUCAACCUUCGAGAGAUUAUUUCACACUCAAUUGUUUCAAGAUGCAAGCUCCUCUGGCCCACUGAUUGUGAUUAAGAAGGUUUUUGAGUCAAGGAUCAGCAUUAUAACUUAAAAAAACAUGCACGUAUUGUGAUAUUCAGAAGAAUAUACUGUGUACUGAACCCCUAAGGAGAUCAACCGAGUAAACUCGUAGUGCUCACAACGUGCACUUCUUACGUUUAGUGGAAUCAACAAGAGAAGUGAAGAAAAUGUUACGGGGCCUUUCCAGCUGCUUCAGCAUUGGUUUUCUUCUGCUCCUAAUUGUAUUUCGGGCUGCCACUCUGGAGGAUUAUGGCCAAAACACGACUCCUAAAGAAAGAGCACAGCUAUAUUCCGACGUCUGCAUAGUCCCCGAAAUUAUUGAAGAGCCUCCGGAGCAAGUUCUAUUAGUAAAUUUCUCGGCGACAAAUUAUGUUCCUCGUCUUGGCUUAAAUGGGGUUGCAACAAGAGAAGAAGUCUCAGUAAAGCCUGAUAAAAUUUACUUCGAAGCUGACCCUUACAAAUUGUACUCUCUGUUUGAAUUGGGGACUAUACCAAAACUCCUAAAUCCUGUCCUGAACAAGCAAGUUCUGCAUUGGUUUGUUUGUAACAUUCCCGGGUAUCAACUUCUUAAAGGAGAUACAGGAGCUUUUUACAUCCCUUCAACACCAGUAACUGCUUUUGAGGUGUACGUGUAUAAAUUCCUCAUUUUCUUACAACCUGGGCCGAUAAAUUGCACUCUUGUCCAACAACUUCUCGGUCUGUUGGGGCGAUUAGAUUUUUCCGUCACCGACUAUGCAGAGAAGCACAAUUUAACAGGUCCAUUGGCAGGGAACUUCUACGAAUGCUGCUGGCCUUUUCAAACCAUAGGUCUCGUUCCGUUGCCCGGAGUCAGUAACGAAACAGUAAACCUCCGAGCAACAGGACAAUGUGCAGUAAAAGACGCACUCGAGAAUUCACUCCCACGUCUCCCCUCUCUCAUUCCAUUUUUAUGAUGAGACCGGAAAAUCUGCUUAUGAAUGGUACACAAAUAGUGCUGUUUAGCGACAGCUUUAGGAUUCUCUUUCGCUCUUACGUUUGAUCGAACCUUCACGAGAAUCCUGUCAUUAAUCCUAAUUUUCAAAUUAUGCACGCAGCUUUAUGAGUAUAUUUUAUAGCUGAUUAUUCUCUUAGUUUUUUACCCCAGUCAAUCGAUUAAGAAGAAAAUUGUGUUCAUGUCUCACAUUUUUCAACACACCGCUUCCAACAAGUCAAUAUCAAAAUACACAGUUAAGAAUUUCCGUGUUUGCGGAUCCUUUGGUUCGUUUCCGUUUGAUUAACAGUGGCGUGGCGUUAAUUGCAAUAUAUCGAUUGUCACGCCAUUUAGACCUAUGGAAAAGGAUCGAUAAACAGGAUGUUCGCAGCGGACACCUUAUUAAUCGAUUUUUUACCAUAGCUUUAAAUGGCAUAAUAAUCGAUACAUCGCAAUUCACGCCACGCCCUUGUUGCUCAAGACAAUAUUUGGUUAAAUCGAUUAAAAAGUUAGGUUAAUUUGAAAUAUCUGGGGAUAAGGAAAUUGUCCCACUGAACUAAUGGCCCCUUAUUGUUUCUCAUGAUGCCACGUAAAGGUUGCGGAUGGCGAGUGGCCAGCGCAAUGGAAUAUCAUCAAUGCGAUUCAUGCUCGAUCUCGGUUGCUCUCGCCUGAUUUUUAAAGGAUGGAAAUUUAUAAAAAAAAAUAUUUGGUCAAUGUAACCCAAGGAAAAAAUAACCAUAAUAUUUGCAUGUAUAAGAGUCGCUUUCACAGCGCUCUCUGGCACUCUGCGACGCCUAGCCGCCACAGUGCCCGGUCCUCCCACAACCCUUCAGGGAGUUAGCACUCUUUCAUUUCAUUUAAACCCCCUGUCGCCACCCUUUCACUGGGCAGUGGGCGUCCCCUACGUAUUCUCUCGCUUUAAUAUAUCAAUUGUGCACUUAUGUUACCAUGUGUUUUUUUCCUAUAUUAAAAUGAAAUUUUGGUUGCUUCGUU